AUGAGUGUCGGGACCACCUUAGCUGCCGUGACACAGACUCAGGACACACCCACCAGAGUCCCGUCUCAGCCUGACACUCUGACAGACCUCCAACUCCCAAUGGGUGCAAUCGACCUCACGAAUGACUCUACUGAACCCGAGAUCAUUCCUUUUCGCACCAAGAGCCCUCCCACCACCCCGACCAAGGCGAUUCCUCUCAGUGAUCGAAUGAAUGGCUCUGUGUCAGACUUGGAUCAGGGACGAGGAAGGCAAGAGGUCAAAGGGAGCGUUAUCCUCUCCACCACCGCCGCAAAGAGGAAGAAGAAAAGACAAAACAAGACGAAGGCUGCCCAAGCUUUGAACACAGUUCGUGGCUUCAAUGCCCUUGACUCGGGAGCAGAAGACUCCGAUGCCUCGUAUAGUGACAGCCCUCGCAUUAUGUCACCCAUUCCGCGCUUCCCAGCCUUGGCAGGCGCCAGUCCUGGACUCAGACCCCAGUCUCCAGGGAUCAGUAGUCUCAAAGCUCAAUUGGACGCUCUCAAUUCACGAAGUCAGAGCCGCGAAACCUCUCGGGUCAGAAACAACUUGGAUUCUGAAGUCACAAGUAGCGCUGCUAGUGCCGGCUCAGAUACUCCGGUUGAAGAGGCGACUGAGGAUAUGGUUAGCUACAAUAUCCAUAUCGAUCAGGACUUUAUCAGCCACUCUCUAGCUGAUACCGACCCAAGCACUGGCUCUGUCUCAACGUUGGAUGCCGAUCAGCGAGCAAGCUCAAUAAUAGUGCGAAAGAUGGCGGCAUCAGAUUUCACUCCCAUUCGCUGUCUUGGUGAUGGUGCAUUCGGAACUGUGCUACUUGUGCGUCAGAAUGCUACCGGUCGGCUUUUUGCCCAGAAGCAAUUGACAAAGGCGUUUCUAAAGAUCCACAAGAAAAGAAUUGAAUCCACAAAAUCGGAGCGAUCUAUUCUGGAACUCGUCAAUCGUCACCCUUUCAUUGUCAAUCUCUACUAUGCAUUCCAAGAUCAUGAGAAACUCUAUCUCAUUCUGCAGUAUGCUUCGGGUGGAGAACUCUUUCGACACCUUGAAAUGGAAAAGUUCUUUUCCGAGGAAGUUGCUGCAUUUUAUAUCGCAGAGAUCGUCUUGGCAUUGGACUAUCUGCACAACACUGUCGGUGUCAUAUAUCGUGACCUGAAGCCAGAGAAUUGUCUCUUGGAUGCCGAAGGGCAUUUGCUACUCACAGAUUUCGGUCUAAGCAAGGUUGCCAUUCAAGAUGCAAGUACUCCGGGAGGAAGUCGCUGCAACAGCUUGGGAGUCGGAACAAUUGAGUACAUGGCGCCCGAGAUCAUUCGAGGUUCUGAUGAAUCCGACUGGGGUCCGGGGUAUGGUAAGGCAUGUGAUUGGUGGUCACUUGGUGCCAUGGCUUGUGACUUAAUGACCGGAAAGCCGCCCUUCGGCGGUGGGAACUGGACAAAGAUACAGCAAAACAUUAUGCACCAGAAACUCAGUCUCCCAUACUUUCUGUCACCAGAUGCCAAAGAUCUUCUCACUAGGUUGUUGCGCAAGGAGCCAAGAAAGCGCCUUGGGGUUGGACCGAACGACAUCAACAUUAUCAAGAAGCACCGCUUUUUUAGGAAAAUCGACUGGAAGAAGCUUGAGGCAAGAGAACUCGAUCCUCCGAUAGUACCGCUGGUUACCAAUCCAGAGUUGGCAGAGAACUUUUCUAAAGACUUUACCGGUCGAUCCUUGGACACCUUAACACGGCGUCACAGCAGAACAUUGAGCAAAUCGGAUCCUUUUGGGGGCUUCAGCUAUGUGGCGAGCCACAGCUUACUCGAGGAGUCCAUGUUGUCGGAAUUGGAUGAGGCUAUCAUAGAUGAGUAG